UCAGAGGAUGAGAUUGAAACUAUUACCACUCAUAUGAAAGAGUGUUCCAAAUCAUUAUUGAUCAGAGAAAUGCAAAUUAAGACAACUCUGAGAUAUCACUACACACCUGUCAGAUUGGCUAAGAUGACAGGAAAAAAUAAUGAUGAAUGUUGGAGGGGAUGCGGGAAAACUGGGACACUAAUGCAUUGUUGGUGGAGUUGUGAACGAAUCCAACCAUUCUGGAGAGCAAUCUGGAAUUAUGCCCAAAAAAUUAUCAAAAUGUGCAUAUCCUUUGAUCCAGCAGUGUUUCUAUUGGGCUUAUAUCCCAAAGAAAUACUAAAGAAGGGAAAGGGACCUGUAUGUGCCAAAAUGUUUGUAGCAGCCCUGUUUGUAGUGGCUAGAAACUGGAAAAUGAAUGGAUGCCUAUCAAUUGGAGAAUGGCUGGGUAAAUUGUGGUAUAUGAAUGUUAUGGAAUAUUAUUGUUCUGUAAGAAAUGACCAGCAGGAUGAAUACAGAGAGGCUUGGAGAGACCUACAUGAACUGAUGCUAAGUGAAAUGAGCAGAACCAGGAGAUCAUUAUACACUUCGACAACGAUAUUGUAUGAGGACAUAUUUUGAUGGAAGUGGAUUUCUUUGACAAAGAGACCUGAGUUUCAAUUGAUAAAUGAUGGACAAAAGCAGCUACACACAAAGAAAGAACACUGGGAAACGAAUGUGAACUAUCUGCAUUUUUGUUUUUCUUCCCGGAUUAUUUAUACCUUCUGAAUCCAAUUCUCCCUACGCAACAAGAGAACUGUUCGGUUCUGCAAACAUAUAUUGUAUCUAGGAUAUACUGCAACAUAUCCAACAUAUAAAGGACUGCUUGCCAUCUAGGGGAGGGGGUGGAGGGAGGGAGGGGAAAAAAAAUCGGAACAGAAAUGAGUGUCAAUAUAAUGUAAUUAUUAAAUAAAAAAUUUAAAAAAAAAAUAUUUUUCCAACUUAUUUUUAUGUGGUCAGUAGCACAUUGCAAUGAAAAUCACGUGUUUUUGCCUUUAGAUGUUUAAAAAAAUCUGUCAUCUUUUUCCCUCCCUGAUUACUGCAUUUCUUCACAUAAAAGUGCUUAUUACGUGCAAAGCAUUGUGCUAAAUGCUGGGAGUACAAGUAGAAAAAGUAAAUUCUGCUCUCAAACAGCUCAUAUUCUAAUGGGGGAAAACAAUAUAGUUUUCAGCUUCAAGUCAGAUGAAAAGGUCCCAUGGUUCUUAGGGUACUACAUCAUCAAACUAAAUGCCAAUACCUCUUCUAUAAUGUCAUUUCACUGAUAAAAAGCAGUGUCUAAUAUUGAACCAUUUGGCAGUGCCAAGAUCCAGUAACUUUUGGAUCUUCAGUGACUUAACUAUAGUACCUUCAGGAGCAGUUGCCAGGCUGCAUCUCCACAGGGAUUGUUUCUCAGAAUAGCUAUGAGCAUUAGGUGAGAAAAACUACUAUUUUUAAGCUUCAGGAUUCUAGACUUCUUCAAGGUUGCUGGGAAAUAGUGGUAUAGAUGAUGCUGGGUGGUAGUGGUGGUCGCAAUAUUACUUGCUUGGUACAUACUGCUUCCUACUGGGAUCAUUUGUUGCUAGGUUGAUUUACCUGCCUAGUGACUGGCAAAAGGUACAGGAUAUUUCAGAAAUUUGAAUGUUUUAACUUAAAGGUUAAAAGUUUAAAACUGCACUAAAACUACUGAGCUAUCAUAGAUGGAUAGAUGUAUAUAUAUACAACUUGUUAUAUCCUAUCUUAACAAGCAAUGCUAACGCUCCCCAGCCUUUCUUUUGAAUCACAUGCACAUAUAAUCAGAUUCUAAUCAUAGAACCCACUCUACGAAGUCUUAGUGAUACUUAGGAGAUCAAAUUAGUAGACUUGCUUUAAGGAUCUCAAUUUUACAAUGUAUUUAUUGUGUAUAUCUUACUAGUUUGAAUACUGGCAUAUAGAGAGCAUGUAUUUUACUAUCAAGUCCUUUCUUGGAUCUAUCUCCUAUGGAUUCUGUCUCAAUUGCUGUUCUUCCUAGUUUGUAUCUAAGCUUAUGAAUGUACAUAGGCAGCUUUCCUAAAAGAGAUUUCUUCCUAGUUAACUUUUUAAUUUGCAAGAUUCUGGAUAAAUUUAUUCCUGUUAGGUAUAAAACAUUUGGAUAUUUUAAGUUGUAUCGCCCCCCCUCCCCAAAUUGAAAUUCUAUCAAACUUUUAAACAAGCUACAUGUGUUCCAAAUAUACUUACCUUUAUUGAUUUCUUUCUUUUUAAUAAGCAGAAGUGAUGAUACCACCUAUGCUUCUGUGAGGGACUUUUUUUUUUUUUUUUGGUCCAAGAUAUUCCAGAUACCAUUUGAACCACAUGAAUCACCAAGUGUCACCUGAUACCACUUCUGAUUAUUAUUCCUUGGAGAACAAGCAAUCACUUCUGUCAGUCAAUACCAUUUAUUAAAUACCUUAUCUUGUGCCACACAGUAUGCUAUAAACUGGAUACAUGGGGAGGAAAAGUCUUAUUUUCAAGUAGCUCAGUGUCUAACCAAGGAGAAAACAUAUAAACUAUGGUCCAGAAUAAAUUGAAGAUUUCAGAGGGGAAAGUACUAGUAUUAAAAGGAAUCAAGAAAGUUUUCUUAUAAAAGGUAGGGUUUUAGCCACAACUUUAAAAGCCAGGAGGAUGCUUGAAGUCAUAAGAAAAGGAAGAAAAUUCCAAGCAUGAGAGGGGAUAGUCAAUGAAUUUGCCCAGAAUGGAUGGAGAGCAUCAAAAUUGUUUCUUGGUUCUAAGUCUUCAGUGACUUAUUUCCUUUCUGCCUUUCUGCCUUUAUUUCCUUGUGUCCUAACCUGGGAACAUCCAUUAUCCUGGCACAGGUAAAAAUUCCUUUCUCCUUGCUCCCUCUGGGUUUUCACACCAAAGCCCUACAUGCUAAUUUUAAUGGGAUGCUGUAUUGUUUCAGGUAACAUGAAAAGAUGGGGAAAGGGGAAGUACCCCAAGACCUUUUAUAUUUUUUCCUGUCUUGGGGAGAUUAUUUUGAAUUUAACUAAAUUAACAAGACUGUUCAAAAAAAGACCAAUAAAAAGUAUGCCUUGAAGCCAUGAAAGCCUAGUUUAAGCUACUAUAAAUUUGGAGAAGAUAAAGAAUCUUGCAAGACAUUAUACUUUGUUGUAAUAACACCAGGAAAUUCAAAUAUAGGAGAAAAAGUACAAGACAGAAAUUACUCAGAGCUGUGGGUUGGCACCUCAAAGGGUGGAGGAAAGGAAGUAGCUGACCACAAACUUAAUAGACUGGAAAAAAACAGGGAGCAACCAGGAACCAAAGGCUUUGUUAAAGGUGAAGAACAGGUCUGGGAGCAAUGAUAGGGAAAGGUGAAAGAGUCAUCCGUGGUCAGGUAAAUUUCAGAGCUCAGAAGAUCUAUGGAAAUUGCUCCCUUUUAAGGAUAUUCAUUCUGGUGUGAUGCUGAAAUGGAGUGUAGGUGGAAAUUCCAAGUCUUUCUUGGCUAAAUUAUAUAAGUGUUCCCUUAAGACCCGAAAAUCAGUUUCCUUUAGGGGGAGAAGAGAAAAAGCUAAUCUGAACAUUCCUUUAAGUGGCCGGAAGCUAAGAGAGAUAGGAUACUCCUUUUAUGGACACGGGAUAGCCACUGAAGCAUAAUGUCCUGUUUAUCUUUUUCUUGUUUAAAUAGAUUUGUAGGUGGUGAUGCUAAAACAAAGAAAAUAAAUAAGCAGCAGCCUGAUUUUGUGCUAGAUAGGAGAUAAGGCUCCUGAGUGAAGGCUCUAUAGGGAGGGACAAAGAUUCCCUCCUCUUGACAGCAGAAACAAAAGUGAAACUCGGAUCUACCUGAAAAACCACCAGCGCAAGCAAGAGGAAGCUUCGGCCUGUCAUUCACCUAGAAGGGCGGAGUGAGAACCCUGAAACCUGAAGCCAAAGCUCCUGAAUCGGAAAAAUAACUGGAGCCCGAGCCCGGGUGCAGUUUUGUCGCCCAGGUAGGGGCGGGCUCAGAGGGAGGGUUCACCUGGGCGGAGGCGGAAUUUAGAAGCAAGCGGACACCUACCCCCCGAGGCGGGGGAAAAGAAGCACGUCGCCAGAUUCCCCGGAGCCGGGUGGAGGGUCGCGCCACCCCUCUUUUCAUUUUUGGCCUCAGAGCUUCGAUUUUGGCCCGCUCGACGCCCGCUAGCGGGACACGCCACAGUCAUGGCCUGGAGCGCGACGUCGCCCGGGGCCAACCAGCCUGACAACACGGCCUUCACGCAGCAGCGCCUGCCGGCCUGGCAACCACUACUGUCGGCCGGCAUCGUCCUGCCGCUGUUUUUCUGCGUGGGUCUGGCCUUCAUCGGCCUGGGAUUAGGUCUCUACUACUCUUCAAACGGCAUCAAAGAGCUGGAGUAUGACUAUACGGGCGACCCGGGCACGGGAAACUGCUCGGCUUGCGCCGCGGCCGGGGAGCGAGUGGCCCCACCACCCGCCAACUGCAGCUGCCAAUGGUGCUUCUCGCUGCCCGAGCUCUUCCAGGGACCCGUGUUCCUCUACUACGAACUGUCUAACUUUUACCAGAACAACCGCCGCUACGUGGUCUCGCGAGAUGACGAACAGCUCAGCGGACUGGCGAGUGCUCUACGUCAUCCCGCCAACGAAUGCGCACCUUACCAGCGCAGCCCCACCGGCGUGCCCAUUGCGCCUUGUGGCGCUAUUGCCAACAGUCUCUUCAAUGAUUCCUUCAAGCUGCUGCACCAGCGCCUGCCCGGCGGUGCCUAUGUUGAGGUGCCCCUGGACCGCACCGGCAUCGCCUGGUGGACUGACUACCACGUCAAGUUCCACAACCCGGAACCCAUCAAUGGCAGCCUGAAGCUGGCCUUCUAUGGCACAGCCAAGCCCCCCAACUGGCCGCGUCCGGUCUACGACCUGAGCCCGGAUCCCAACAACACAGGCUUUGUGAACCAGGACUUCGUGGUGUGGAUGCGCACGGCGGCUCUGCCCACGUUCCGCAAGCUGUACGCACGCAUACGCCACGGCAACUACUCGGCUGGGCUGCCACGUGGGGCCUAUUGUGUGAAUAUCACCUACAACUACCCGGUGCUGGCCUUCGACGGCCACAAGCGCAUUAUCUUCAGCAGCAUCUCGUGGAUGGGGGGCAAGAAUCCCUUUCUGGGCAUCGCCUAUCUGACCUUUGGUUCCCUCUGCAUCGUCACCGGCUUCGUUAUGCUCGUUGUGUACAUCCGGCACCAGGACGAGAAUGGCGAUGGGGAGGAUGAGGACGAGUGACCUGAGCGGGGCAGGGCUGGUGGCAGCUCUUAUAGGGACUCUAACCUCCCCCUUUCUCCUCUCUCCCCCCCUCCCCAAUUUCUUAUC